AUGAGUCAUGACCCAACGCCAAUGCCGGCAGCGCCGACCGCUGCCGCAACUUCCGCUACGCUUCAGGCUGGGACUCAAUCUUCGGCCCUAGUUCCCGUUGCUUCUCCAGCUCCUGCCGAGGCUUCGGAGGAGUUGACCGUGGAUUCGCUGUGCGAUCUUCUUGCUGAGUCUGCGGACGCAACGGUAGACUCUAUAAGGACUGCACUUCUGCCAUAUUUGACGCUGAUGGCACGGCACCAAGUCCAGCUCAGCAUCUCGCCUCCGCUUCAGGGUGACGUUCGAACCCAACGUCGUAUGAAUGACGCGCUCGGCUUCGACCAGGUGCUGGCAGUGGUUCAACCUCUCUCCGACACGUUGUCGGACCUUCCUCACGUAGUCGACGAGUUACUCUUCUUCAACAAAUCGACGGCCGAGGUGAACGAGCUUCAAGCAGAGAUCAAGUGCCUCAAGUCAGCGAACGUUCGCAUUGGUUCUCUGGUCGAAAAGAGUAAGGAGUCGAUGGACGUUCAGACAGAGAACCUUCGGCUCACCAUGAACUACGUCGAGCAGAAGCAAGAUAUCAUCGACGCCUUGGACAAGCAGAUUGAAGAGGAACGCGAGGUCUUCGAGACGACGGUCAGCACGAAGACUGAGAGCACCCGCAAGCUUCAUGCCCUGUUUCUCAAGGCCACACAGGGUACCUGGGUCGAUGCUGACACUGCUGCGCUGAUCGCCUAA